GGAGGUCACGUGGGUCUGCGGCCUCAGCCCUAUCCACUUUUUAAGCGGCGGCGAUCCUGCGAGCUAAGCUAGCCUUUGCUUUGGUCACGCUAACGUUUCGCAGCCAUGAGCUUUGGGGUCAAGGGCAAAAGCUUCCUGGCAGCAGGCUGUCUACAGCACCAAGUGGCCGUCGUCACUGGCGGAGGCACAGGCAUAGGAAAGGCCAUCACCAGUGAGCUCCUGCAUCUGGGGUGUAAUGUGGUCAUUGCAUCCCGGAAGUUUGAUAGAUUAAAAUCCACUGCGGAUGAACUGAUGGCCAGUCUGCCUUCUGCCAGCAAGGCUCAAGUCACUCCGAUAAAAUGCAAUAUCCGUAAUGAAGAGGAGGUGAAUAAUUUGGUCAAAUCCACCUUAGAUGUUUAUGGUAAGAUCAAUUUCUUGGUCAACAAUGGAGGAGGCCAGUUCAUAUCUUCUGCUGAAGACAUCAGUUCAAAGGGGUGGCACGCUGUGAUUGAAACCAACCUGACAGGCACCUUCUACAUGUGCAAAGCAGUUUAUAAGGCCUGGAUGAAAAAUCAUGGAGGAUCUAUUGUCAAUAUCAUUAUUACUACUAAAAAUGGAAAUCCGCAUGUGGCGCAUAGCGGAGCUGCCAGAGAAGGUGUUUGCAGCCUCACCAAAUCCUUAGCUCUGGAAUGGGCCAACAGUGGAAUAAGGAUCAAUUGUGUUGCCCCUGGAACUGUUUAUUCUAAGACUGCUUCUGACAACUAUGGUCCUGCAGGACAAGUCUUAUUUGAAAGGUCGUAUGAGAAAAUCCCAGCUAAGAGACUUGGAGUUCCUGAGGAGAUCUCCCCCUUGGUGUGCUUCCUGCUCUCUCCGGCAGCUUCGUUUAUCACUGGACAGGUGGUGGAUGUGGAUGGAGGCCAAUCUCUGAAUCUGCAAGGCUUUGAGAUAGCAGAUCAUGACAACUGGCCUGAAGGACCGGGGGACCUUUCAGUUGUCAAGAGGAUGAAGGAGUCUUACAAGAAGAGAGCCAAGCUCUAAGCUAAGGAAACAUGGAAGUGUCCUUUGUCCCCAAGUGCCUUAAAAUCUUGAGAAUGUACUUCUGUACUUUAUGGGAACUUAAUUUGCUUUUUUAAUAUUGUCAAUUACAACUAUGCAAAAACUAUUGCUAAAAUAAAUGCAUUUUCUUUUGGCCACGCCUGCAGCAUGUGGACGUUCCCCAGGCCGGGGAAAAAAACUGUGCCAC